AUGGUAGCUCUCCCUGCACUGUGGCAGGCUGUGACCAAUCAGCGGCAGAGGAGCGGGAAAACUGGGGAGACAGGACUCGUCUCACAUCUGCCUCAGAACCAGUGGAGGAGCACCUGGAGGAGACCUCGGUGUUUUAAGGACAGAGACCCACCGCUGACAGUCAUCAUGUCACACAGGGAGGAGGAGGCCCCCAGAGGGAGGGAGCCAGCAUGCCUGCUGUGUCGGCAAUCAGAUGCUGACUCGGACAUCUGCGGGGAAAAACUCUUCAUACAUGGGUUCUGUGCCCACGAGAACUGCCUGUUUUUUGCCAACAACUUUCCUGACCGCCCGGUUCAUCGAGGAGGACUCUGGUGUCUUCACUCAUGGGAGAUCCGAGAUGUAGUCUCCCAGGCGGCAGAGCAGAGCUGCAGCAUCUGUGGCCAAAUCGGGGCCACCAUUUACUGCUGUAGAAGACACUGUGAUGUGAGCUUCCACCUGCCCUGUGCCAAGCAGGGAGGCUGUGUCACCCAGUUCUGCAGACCAUUCAGGGCCUUCUGUGCUGCACACAGGCCAGAGCAGGCAGUGGAGGCGACUCCAGAGCCGGGCACCGAAUGCCUCAUCUGCAUGGAGCCUGUGGAGGACAGAAAGACCUUUAACACCCUGGUGUGCCCAGCCUGCAAAAGUGCCUGGUUCCACAGGGACUGCAUCCAAGGACAGGCUCUGCAUGCUGGUUAUUCCUCCAUCCAGUGCCCCCUCUGCAGAAAUGAUGACGCAUUUCGCAAGGAUCUGCUCACCAUGGGGAUCCGAAUCCCCUUCAGACCACCAACAUGGGAGGGCUUUAAUGCAUUUGAUGAGCUGGGAGACAGACACAGGCGCUGUGAUGCCAGUGAGUGCCUUUUUCCAGGAGGCAGGCAGGAGGCAGAGGGACAGGGGCCCUGGGAACUGCUCCUGUGCUCCUCCUGUGCUGCCGAGGGCACCCACAGACACUGCUCUGGCCUGAGGACCAGUAUAACCAGCUGGGAAUGUGAUGGCUGUGCUGGCCUGGGCACAUCCUCCCGAGUUGACUCCCGGCUUCCUGGUGUCAGCAUGGCCAGGCAGUCAGGACUGGAGCCUUGUGAUGGCUCCAGGGAACCCCAGACCACCAGCAGAAUGUCCCACAAUGGUCUGGGUUGGAAGGGACCUUAAAGACCAUCUCAUUCCAGGCAGUCUCAUUCCAAGACCAUCCCUGCCCAUGGCAGGGACACCUUCCACUAGCCCAGGGU